AACGUUCUUAAUUUUGAACCGUUCCCUUUUUUAGGAAAAUGUGAAAGUCAUUGAAAACCCGCGCGUAAGAGACACAAUGCUAAACUUGACUUUGAUGGCACUGGCUCCGCAAUUCCCCGUCUUUGAACCGAGUGACUUUGCUCUCUGGUUCCAAGUCAACCUGGUUGUCCUUCUGGCCAGUUUUAAUCCUGGAAGCUUGGUUGUAAUCCCCAUGAAUAUCAGCUGUGACUCCUACCAUGCCAUAUUGAAAGGGCUUGAUCAAAGUUUGGCAUCUCUUCCACCUGAACUCACGCAGGGCAUUGCUUCAAGCAGGGAAAUUUUGAUACAGAGAGUUCCAAAAGGUUGCAAUGAGAUCCCUGUUGUGGGUGAGUGCAAAGAAACACCAGUGAAAGAAGCAAGCAUUUGUGCUGAAAUCAACAGCGAUUUGCUUUCACUGGAUCAGGCAUCAGGAAAUUCUUCUGAAAUGCUCUGCAAUUUCAGCAUUUCUGACUAUGCAUGCUCCUCGACACAACUGACAGCAGAAAACCUGGGCACACUAUUGAAAUGCAAAUUGUCCAGCAAUUUGACUUACUCUUUGGAAACCUGGAAGCUGUUCUUCACCAAAAUGUCAAGUGCCCUGGAUGAGGCUCUAGACCGUUAUUCACUCAUGACCUCCACCAUCAAUAGUCCAUUCGUGCCAGAGGUGCUAGAUGUAAUUGGAGAAGUUAAAAUCAAUAACUUCACCGAGGAAGAGCUACAAGAUGUCAGCUUCAUCAAAAUGUGGUUUGAUAUUAAGCUCAAACCGUUCAUUCCAUCUGUGUCCAAAGAGUUCCUCUCCUGCCUCAGUACUAAGAACUUCAGCUGUGAGACCUACCAGGCCGUGGUGAGAGCACUGAGUGAACAAAUCUCAUCCUUGGACAGAAAGCAAGAGCGAUUUGUCUACACUCACUUCAUCCAUCUCUUCCUUUCGAGGAAUGACACUUCAGAUCCCAGCUGCCUCUCUAGCACCGAUGGCAGCACAGACUGGCUUCAGAAGAACUUUGGAAACUUUACUGUCUUUGCUCCGCUGGAAGAUUUGGUCAGACUCAAUGACAAUUUCUCCAGCUUCGAAACAUUGGCCCUGCUGACCCCAACUCAGACAGCAGACCUGACAGUGAUUUCGGGAGCGCUGAAGAACACAGAUCAGAUCAACACUGUAUUUGACCAACUGGAGACAGAAGACCCUUUCCGGAACAUCGAUGAGUAUCUGACUCAACUGUCCACGCGUUCAGAGCUCCCAGAAAUCAAGCCUGCUGUAAGAGACAUUAUGAUGACUCGCACCUUCCACAUCAUCAAAAUGAAGUUCCCAGAAUUUGAAGGCCAAGACUGGAUGCUCUGGUUCCAUGUCAAGCUGAUUCUUGUCCUCCCAAGUAUUAAAGCAGAGAUGCUUUCCAUCGCUAUCUCAAACAUCAGCUGCACCAAUUACCACAUCAUCGUUGGAGGAAUAGGCAAGGUCUCUGAAAACAUGGAAUCGCAUAGAAAACGGGAAAUUGCACAGGUUUUAGUGGACCACCUCAAAGAAUCUGCUCACCAAAUCCGUGAACCAGCGUGCAGAGAGAACAUCCAAAAUGAUGCUGACUUUCUACAAAUAAAUUUGGGACCAUUCUCCGAGGAUGUAACCUAUUCAGACCUGAAAGAUUUAAACAUCACAGGGUUGGAGGUUCUGGACACUCUCUCCCCGGAGCAAAAAGCAGUUCUGAUUCUUGACCCCAGUAGCAAUGCUUUGGAGAACGAAACCGCCGUGAGGAUUAUUUUCAACAGUUUGCUGGAAUCUCCAGAGGAGGAGGAACUUGAAGAACUUGAAGAGUUCUAUGAAGCUUUUGUGGAGGCCACAGAGGAGGUGAAUAAUUUCACUUCAAGCUUGGGUUUCAUUUCUGAUGAGACACAUGGCCAGUGUUAUAAUAACAAUACGUUUAAUGCAGAUGUCCUUGGCCACGUACGCUGCACUGUAUAA